CUGCUGAGUCUUUCAUUUGUGCUCUGCACGAGACCACCAUACUGCACUGAUCUGAAAAUGCCCAGUGCUGGCUUUCAGGAGCUGGACAACCAGCAAUCAGAGGUGAUGUUGGAAGCCAGGCAUGAGCUUCAACUCUUCCAGAAGAAGGUGACACAGCAGUUGCGGGAGAUGGCCUUGUUGGUGGAGCCGCUAAGUGCUGCUGUCAAUGAUCUCAAAGAAGAGAACCUGCACCUGCAGAUGGAACAGGAGAGGCUGUCCCGACAAGUGGAGGAGCUGACUUUGUUCUUAGAUGCUCAGGAAGGCAGCUCAGUACCUCAUCCCCCAAGGUUUGCAAGUACAAGGAGAUCCUCCUCCAUACACCUGUCAAGGAGUAACAGUCUUGUUGAAGCUGAGAUUCCACAGCAACAAUCUCAGCAAGUUGAGGUGUUUCUGCCGUGUCCUGUAGAGAAAACAGAGCCAGACAAGAGCAAGUUAACGGCUGGGGAACUGAGCGCCAUAGAGGAUGAGGACGUUCUGGACAAGAUGUUGGACAAGACUACAGACUUUGAGGAGAGGAGACUGAUCAGAACAGCGAUGAGAGAGUUGCGGCAAAGGAAAAGAGAGCAACGGGAGAAGGAGCGAGAAAAUCGCAUACAGGAAAUUAAGAACAAAGAGAGGGAGACCAGGUUGGCACGAACAACAGAGACCAGCGUACGGCAGAACGAGACUUCCAACCGUGGCUCUGCCUUCAGCUCCAUUACCAAAACUCAAAGGCUUGUACAGUCAAAUGAUGGCAGCAAAACUUCCAGGACAACUACAAUGGAAGCAAGCUACAUGAAUAGAUCAGAAACUGCUGGAACUUUUGUUCAGACAAAAUCUUCCUUUAGUGCAACCUCGAGUGCAACAUCUAAAAAAGUUGGCAGUAUUUUUGAUCGUGAGGAUGAAGGACUAUCUAAGUCAAACAGUGUUACAGCAAUGGAGCGGCUUCAGGCAGAGCGAAAAAAGGAACUUAUGAAAGCACAAAGUCUGCCAAAAACACCUGCUACACAAGCUCGUAAGGCAAUGAUAGAGAAGCUGGAGAAGGAGAGUGGGAGCACUGGCAGCCCAGCCUUUGCCAAGGUUGCUACACCCACGUCCUCUGCUUUUGGUGUGCCAAAUGCUAACAGCAUCAAACAGAUGUUAUUAGACUGGUGCAAAGCAAAAACCCGUGGAUAUGAGCAUGUGAAUAUUCAGAACUUCUCCUCCAGCUGGAGCGAUGGGAUGGCGUUCUGCGCCUUGGUUCAUAACUUCUUCCCAGAAGCGUUUGAUUACAGCCAACUUGUUCCACAGAACCGCAGGAAAAAUUUUGACUUGGCCUUUUCUGCUGCAGAGAAGCACGCAGACUGCCCGCAGUUGCUUGAUGCAGAAGACAUGGUCCGUAUGAGAGAGCCAGACUGGAAGUGUGUUUACACGUACAUCCAAGAGUUCUACCGCUGCCUGGUACAAAAGGGGAUGGUAAAAACCAAAAAGUCCUAACACGUAGAAUUCAUGGAUGCUGGUGGACUGUGUCCCCCUUGUGGAAGUAGAGGACAUGAUGAUCAUGGGAAAACGACCAGACUCCAAAUGCGUUUUCACCUAUGUCCAGUCCUUGUAUAACCACCUGCGGCGGCAUGAGAUGCGCCUACGCAAGAAGGAAUAUUAAUAGUUUUCUUCGCUGCCUUCUCCUGACACUGCACAGUCUGGUUGGCACCUGCCAUAGUUUUGCACUCCCUCACCUGCAGACCACCUGAAAUGGUCACUUUUACUGACUUUGUAUGGUUCUGAUUUUAUUGAUGCAGUAUCCGGUAUAGACUUCCACAACCAGUGUGCUGCCCAGGUGGUCUAACUUAUUGCAGCACUUAUGGUAUAAUCCAGUGCUGUGCCAACAGGAUCUUGUCACUGCCGUAUAAAAAUAUAC